CCUCUGUCGAUCCCAUGGCAUGGAAGCUUUAUCCGGCAGCCCGACCACAAACCCUAGCCCAUGCUCUGGCAAGGAUCGAUUUUUGGAUCCAAAAUCGAUUCUUUGUGGUCAGCGGCGAGGCGAUGAGAACCCGUCUUCCUUCCGCUGCUGCCCGGCCGCCGCGACGGUCUGCCCACGCUGCGCCAGUUCCAAGCUACGCCGCCGCUGCGACGGUCUGCCCACGAUGUGCCGCCGCCGCGAAUCGUAUGAUCUGGUUUCCCAGGCUGCGCCGCCGCGCGCUGCUGCAGGGCCACGGGGCAGGCGUUCUAGGGCCGCCGAGUGCCUACCUUCCUCGCCGCUCGCCUCCGUUCCAGCCUCGCUGCCUCGGCAUCCGCCUCCGCCCCAGAGGUCAGCAGAUCGGGAGAACACGGUUCUUGCCAAAAAAAAAAAAGAGCUUCAGAAGCUCUGUGAGUACAACCUGGACGGCUCUGUCGACAUCAAGUGGCCGCCGACGGUGAAGGGAAGGUCCAGAAGGUGGCUCGCUCGAGGACUCAUUCUGGGACUCAUUCUGGGUAUGUAGACAUCAUCUUCGUCAAGUGGAGUGUAGUUGAGGUCAAGUGGGGCGUUUUUGAGGUCUGGGAGCACCAUAGUGAACUUGCUGAUCAGCUGAAAGGUAGACCGGCGAGGAGCAGCUGAAAGGUAGACCGGCGAGGAGCAACUGAAAGGCAGACCUGCGAGGAGCAGCUGAGAAGUAAUGAGUUCAGGCAGAUACGACCUUAUUGAUGUGUUAUU